AUGGAGAAAUUCUGCGCUGAAAUUAUACGCAGGGCUACACAUCAAACGCUUGCAUCUGCAGGCUUCGAAAAGAGUUCAAGAAUCAGCGGAGAUGUGCUUGCAGAUGUCUUGAAAGAAUAUUUAAUGUUUUUAGGAAAAUCUGCUCAAGAAGCCGCAACGAAUGCUGGUAGGACUAAAGUUAAUACCGCCGACGUCUUGGUAGCCUUUGAAGACCUUGGUAUAAACUUGGAAGAGUUAAGGGAAUGGUCAAAAACCGAAGGGAAAGUUCUUGGAGGUUACGCUGGACGAAAGCCAACUCUCUUGAAAGACUUGUUAAGAAGUGGACUUUCAAGUGAGACAGAAGAAAUUGAUUUACCAGUUGAAACGAAAGAAAAGGAUAAAAUUGAAAGUAACGGUCAAAGUUCAAGAAAAACGGAACAUUUAGGUCAAAAGAUUCACACAAAGGAACUGACACCAAAAAAAUUAGUGAGUAGUGAAAUUAAGAACAAUAUAAAAGAAUUAAAAGAAGUGGAAGAUGAUAUGAUUAUAGAUAUUGAAGGGAUAAGUGAAAUAAAUACACCGUUACAGAAUAAUUCUGAAAAUAAAGAUAGUAAAGAUGAUGAAAAUAUGUCCAUGUCUAUGGAAGAUAAUGAAUUACCAGCUCUUUCUUCUGAUCAGACGACACCAAUUGACGAUGGAAAAGUUUCCAAUACAAACGGUGAAAUUACAAAAGAACAUAUAGAAGAAUUAAAUCAUAAUGAAGGAUUAUCAAUUACAAAAAAGAGACCUUCUUAUAUUCCUGAUUGGCUUCCACCAUUUCCUGAAAUUAAACCAAAUGAAGAAGAACCUGUUAAAGAGGAUCAAAAGGUUGAAAUCCAAGAAAAAACAAUAGAAUCUGGUGGAUUGACAGAAUCAACGAUUUCAAUAGAAGGAGGAACACCAAAACCUAUCGAUUAUACGAUAAACAGUCAAGAAAGCAUACCGGAAAUUCAAAGAUCAAAUAGUAAAUCUGCAGAUUCAAAUGUUAAAAAUAGGCCCUCUAAACAAAAACUCAAACGUCCACUCGCAUAUGUUUUAUUAGACGAAUUAUUUGAGAAGGCACUUACAAGCGAGCCUAUAUCUGGAGAGUCGUUUGAUGCUUCAAGGAAAAAGCGUAAAAUUGUAGAAUUCGAUAGUUUGCUUUCGUUUGAAGAUUCAUUGUUUAGCGAACCUGAAAUUCCCGUGAUGGAUGAAAAAGAUGCAAAAGAUUUAAUGGAAUCUUAUGGUUAUCCGUUGCGACUAAAUGAAUCACCAAUACGGCAAAAGCGUGUUGAAAUAACAUCAAAAGGUAACAUUGAUGGUAAUAUAAAAGCACCUGCACAGAUUAAUGAUACCACAUUAUCAGAAGUGAAACUUUCUAAACCUUUACAAACAAAAUCUUCAGUAUCGCGUAAAGGAAAGGAAAGAAUGAUCCCGGAGAUUAUUGAUUUCCGAGAGCCCGAGUUGCCCGUUGUUCCUUUAGAAUCUUCAAAAGCAUCUAAGAAGAAAGAGCUAAAGAACAGUAAAGCUAAAAAAUCAAAUCUUAAAGUUUCAACAACGAAAGUUGAUAGUCCCGAAAAAUUAUCGGAGUUUAAUCGACCAAAACUGAAAUUACGUAUAAAAUCGACAUCUACACCACCCUCUGAAUCACAACCUGAAGUAGUAGAUAUCAUUAAUUGUAUUUGUACUCCUCCAAAUAAUACAUUAGACGAUGGGAAUUUUAUGGUAUCUUGUGAUAGUUGUCAAGUAUGGUUUCAUGGAAUUUGCACUGGCUUUGGGCCUCAUUCUGUUGAAGUUGGUACCUGGUACUGUAAAAGAUGUCGUGAUCGUGGUAUAUUAUGA